ACACACACACACACACACACACUUGCAGAGCUGGAGCUGCCGCAAAGCCCCGUCCUCCAAGGCUUGUUUAACACCGUGUUUGCUUCACGCUCUAACAAUAUCAUCCAACCGAAGAGCCGCGACGCUGAGUUCACUGAACCGACGGUCAUCGUGGGAACAGCGCCUAGGAGCACCAGCUGUUAUGGUAUAAAUUACAAAUAACGAAGGCAUCGUCAAAAAAAAAAAGCGAUAGAAAUAUACUGGGUUGGGGGUCAUUGAGUCUGACGCCUAAUCUGCUUUAGCAUUGUCGCUCACGGAGAAGGUAACCAAAACAAGCGGGGGGACUCGGUGAGAUGUGACCGCUAUUCGGUUAUCUUCAAUGUGGUCGGGACUCGGUCGUUGCAGCUCGCUCGUUACGUUGAUGCAGCAGCGCACGGCUGAGGGGUUAAAAUCCACCACCGGAUCUCGAAAGACAAUAGGUGAAAAUAUACGCCGGCCUGGACUCCCAAGACUACACUAGACGAGGGUCUGAAUCCGAUUCGGCUUCGCACUAGUGCCUGUGUCAGGAAACUGGUUAAGGAGUGAAGUGACAGCCGGCAGGUCGCUGGAUCGGGAUGGCGGCCGUAGUGAACUACUCCCCGCCUUGGUGGGUGAAUCUGCUCCAUCGGUUGCCUCAUUUCAACAUUGAAUUCCAGCUCGUGAGCAGUGAUUUCAGACCAGAAGACUCUGAGUAUCAGAAGUCCAUUUUGCUGCUGGGUGCUGUGGCUGUGCUGUGUCUGGGAUUGGACCUCCUCUUCCUCCUCUUCUACUCUUUCUGGCUUUGCUGCCGGCGACGCAAGAGUGAAGACUCUUCGCAUUCCCAUUCGCACUCCCAGCAGCCCAGUGCUGACUGCUGCUGCACCGCCUGGUGUGUUAUCAUUGCCACGCUCGUCUGCAGUGCUGGUAUUGCUGUAGGAUUCUAUGGAAACGGGGAGUCAAGUGAUGGAGCCAAUCGUUUGGCAUACUCCCUCCGUCAUGCCAACCGCACAGUAUCUGGGGUGGAGAAACUGGUGACAGACAGCGCCCUAGCCUUAAACCAGACAGUGGAGGAGAACCUGGUCGAGUUAGAAACAGCCUUCCAGGAGCAGACAGAUUAUGUUUCUAUAGUCCAAAAGCUGCAGGGACAGCUGGACGAGCUGGUGAGGCUGAUGAGGGAUAUCCCCUUCUGGUCCAAUACUGACAUCUCACUGGAGGACCUGGCUCGCAAGACGGAGGCUUUUGAUUUUUACAGGUGGUUGGGGUAUCUUAGCCUGCUGCUGUUUGAUGUCCUUAUUUGCCUUCUGGUGCUGUUCGGCCUGAUACGCAACUCUAGAGGCACUCUGAUUGGAGUGUGUCUGCUUGGGGUUUUGACUCUGAUAAUCAGCUGGGGGUCUCUGGGCCUGGAACUGGCUGUCGCUGCUUCAGCCAGCGACUUCUGUGUUUCCCCGGAUACCUACAUCACCAGGGUUACCAAGGAAAAUGCUGUCAUCAACCAAGAUAUCCUGCAGUAUUACCUGAGGUGCAGCUCUGGCCAAAUUAACCCAUUCCAGCAGAGGCUGUCAGGGAGUCACAAAGCAUUGGUAGAGAUGCAGGAUGAUGUGGCAGAGCUACUGAGAUCAGCAGCACGUGACUAUGCCAACACCAAGGGGAGUCUUGAGCAAAUCCAGUCUGUGCUCAAUUCCACUGAGGUCGGCCUUCACCAGCUGACCGCUUUGGUGGACUGUCGCAGCCUACACAUGGACUACGUCCAGGCUCUGACCGGGCUCUGUUAUGAUGGUGUGGAAGGUGUCAUCUACCUGGUUCUCUUCUCUUUUGUCACUGCUCUGAUGUUCUCCUCCAUUGUGUGCAGCGUGCCACACACCUGGCCUGGCAAGAGGACGGAUGAGGAAGACGGAGAGGACGAGUCGGGUGCCUCACGGGGCGGUGUGCACGAUAACCUGUACCGUGUUCACAUGCCCAGUCUCUACAGCUGUGGCUCCAGCUACGGUAGUGAAGCUAGCCUGCCCGCUACAGCCCACACUGUCAGCAAUGCCCCCGUCACUGAAUACAUGAGCCAGAACGCAAACUUUCAGAACCCUCGGUGUGAGAACACCCCCCUGAUUGGCAGGGAGUCCCCUCCACCCUCUUACACCUCUAGUAUGAGAGCAAAGUACCUGGCAACCAACCGACCAGACCAGAACCGACGCUCUGUACCCAACGACCAACUGGACCCUGCCAGCCGACCUCACCCCACUGCCCGUCCACAGUCCUCAGUCCACUAGAGACCAGAGUCGCACCAGUUCAUCCCAGUACUGCCUAAAUCAAGUUCUUGAAGCCAAUACACAAGGUCCAACUCAACAACGAUGAGAGUAUCAAGCAACACACAGUUUGUCAACACACAACACAGGACUCAUCAACCUAACGCCUCAGCAAGGGACUACACUUUGAUGGUCCAACUCUACUUCUCAACCACAUUUAUCAGAAGAAAAAAAAGACAGAAGAAAUUCAAUUUCUUCUCCUCGUCCUACCCACAAUGCACUGUGGGUAGAGCGCCUUGGCUCCGCCUCGAGUUUCUUUUUCUCCUCAAUGCUCAUCUCGUCCACUGGGAUCCGCAAACUGCCCUCAAAUGGAGAUAGUCACUCCCACCACACGCUGACACAAACAAGAUCACACACACACACACACACACACACACACAUUGUACAGAGCUGUAAAUAGUAAACAUGUUCUUUACUCUGAUAUCAUAAAAAGUAGACUGUUGAUUCAUUACUGGUGAUGUGGUGAGCUGUGUGUUUAUCAUGGAAACCUUUGCUGUAUCUCUUAUACACACACAAACAAACACACACACACACACAGGCGACCACACAUCUGUAUAAUUAACAAGCCAGUGAAUCAGAAAGCCAUGUUUAGAUAAAAAAGUUAUCACCACAUACACAUUCUCUAUAGCCUAACUUUGUAGUCGAACUAAGUUGACUUGAAUUGUGAGCUUGAAAAGUUUGCCCACAUGUUUCUUCAUAAUUGUUUAGGUGCACAUGCAGUACAUGAGUCGAUAAACGCAUUUCCAACAAGAGCCAGGAAUCCUGAAGUGGACUGUGGGAACCAAGUGAGAGAUAAAGGGCAUAAGAAGGCUCAACCUGUGCCAAAAAACUCUAAAAAAACUGUGAGAUGCCUGAUUCUGUCCUCGUCUCCUACUCCAAUGUCUCAGAAAAGGGAAAAAAAAUACUGACUUGGAAUGUUUCCCUCAGACUGUAACAGGAAAAGACACUUGAAACAGGAAAACGAUGGACAGAAGUGGAAUAAGACUCACUAGAAAUAUUGCGACUACACAUUUUGCAAGGUGCUAAAUAAGCCAGUUGAGGUCCAUUGAGAUGAUCAGGUCUGAGGAGAGCAGAUUUUCUUUUGUUACCUUAAUGUUUUGUUUUCAUUCAGGGAUGUAAUCAGAUGAAGGAAAAGACGUAAUCAAUCCUUAAUGGAACAUUUGUGCAGAAAACUGUAGAAAAAAAUUAAUGUCCCUGGUAUAUAAUGUUACAUAAAAGUGUUACAGGGAAAGUCAAGUAAGAGGAGGGUUUUUUUUUUUUUACGUUUUAUCAUAAGCUGGAAUUCGGGAUGUGAAACUGUGACAAACUGUAGUGUUUUGUUUUUAUUAUUUACUUCCUGUGUUUUUUUUUUCAAAUGGUGGCCUCUGAUUGACCCUAAGCCACUAUUAUUUCAUUUGUUUCUAUAAUUUUUUUUAUUUUUUUAACCCACAAGCACAAUUUCUCCUCAAGGUGACUCUGCACGAUGGAGAAGUAAAAACACACUGCCUGGGACACUGCCGGUGGAUUUUUUUUUCCUCCCGCUAUAAAGCUCUCUGUACAGUGUAUAAAAACUGUAUCCGUGAACCUGUGUGUGUGACAUCACUGCAGCCUGAUUGGCUAUUGCUCUAUCUCAGUGUUACUGUGUGUAAGUACAGUGGUCAGUGUGUCUGACUGGCAGCAAGCAAGGGCCAGCCUAUCUAGCCUGAGUCAAUACAACACAGACGUUACGCAUGCUCUCAUACACGCAUAUUAUAAUACACACAGAUACACACACACACACACACACACACACACACACACACACACACACACACACACCUGCUGUACAGGCAUCUUCGUUAAAAACACACACAACAACUUUACAACUUUUUACCUGUUUACAUUCACUUCUAGAGAGGUAGUAACUACAAGCCCCUUACUCAACUGUGACAUCACACUGGUAUCUGUUUGCAUUCUGGGUGAUGUAGUAUGUAGAGGCAUCGUUUCAGAAAAACCUGGAAUAUAGAAAUUAGCACAUUCUCUCAAACACAUGUCAACCACCCAUUCCUGUACAGCAUUUUAAUAUGUUACUAUUAAUAAUCAAUGACCACUUCUCGUAUUAGCGAGACAAUCUUACCUGUGUGAUUAUACUAGAAAGAAAAUGUCCAUGUUAUGGUAACAAUGCUACCUAUGGUCUAGAACUUUACAGUGUUUUUUUUUGCAACGUCGAUGGAAACAAUGUUAAGAUCUGUGGGACUAGUCACUGAUUAAUGGCCUUUCAUAAUGUUUUUAAACUCUUACAACACUUCAUAUCGCAACAUGUUUUUUUAUUUUUCUCUGUCUUGUAAAAAUCAAACUUUAAAGAUAAAAUAAUAGCUAGCUGUUUUGUAGGAGAAUAAAGGCAAGGGCAGCGUUUUUCCUCUCUUAUUAAUGGUGAAUGACUCUGUCUUGCAAUGUUUUAAUAAGACUAUUCCAGUGUCGUCUGUACACCUGACUUAAGAGGUUGUAUUUUAAAUCCUGUGCAAUGAAUUCUGGGAUGAAACCCAUCGGAUACAGUGUGUCUUAAAUAACAGCAACACUCAAGUUUAAGGGAAAGUCAUGUUUUUGCGUGUAUAUGUGGUAUUACAGGACUUCCAAUACACCUUGGUCCAGAUGUGUCAGACAAACAAUGUUUUCUAUGGCUGUUUUUAUUUUCUGAUGAAUUAACUAAGAUAUUAAUGAUGUACAUGUCAAAACUGUGGUUAUGAUAUCAUUCUGGAAUAAAUGUUUUAAAAAAAGGAAUUAAAGCAACUUUAACAUA